UUAGAGCGUUCUAAUGAAAAGCAACUUGCAAAGACCAUGGGAAAAGGAUUAAGGAAAGCAUUAUAUUUAUCAUCUAUGUUAUCUUCAGUAUUAACAUUGUGCCACUCUUGUUCCUUGACAAGGUUUAAAAAAAUUCUCUAUUGCUGUUAUACUAACUUUCCUACAUUGUUUCUAAUUGUAUGUGACAUUUGUUUGAGUACAAAAACCUUUUAGUUUUAAAAUUUGUGCAUUGUGGUCUGAAAGACCAUUCACCUUUUACUAACAGAAUGCCUAUCUACAUAGUAAUGAAUAAUGAAUAAAAAUAUUGUCUAUGGCUGUGCUACUGUUCCCCUGCACCCUUGUUGGAUAAAACACAGUCUGUAUCAGAUCAUAUGAAUUUAGGAGUUCUACUAACAUCCAUUUUCUUGCACCACAAUAUUCAAAACUUAUAUUGAAGUCACCACAUGUAACUAAUUUCUGGUACUUGCCACAAAUUGAAUCAAGAACCCUCUCUAGCUUGAGCAGAAAUACUCUGAAGUCAGAGUUCAGAGAUCUAUAAACAACAACAAUUAGAAGUUUAGUUUCACUAAAUUCAACUGCCCAUGCACAACAUUCAAAUAUCUGUUCAGUGCAGUGUCAUUAUAUGUUUAUGGACUCAAAUUAAAUACUGUUUUUAACGUACAUACCUACUCACACACCCCUCAAGGAAUCCUUGAAAAACAGCCAGCUAAACUAAAUCCUGUAUGGCAGCUUCUCAAAUAUCAUGUAAUUUGUAAGGAGUAAGAAAAUUUCUAAUUACUGUGGGAAUGUAUUCAUUUAUGUAACAGUACCAGAUUUGCAGUCUGGACAAAUAGUCAAGCGACAUAUACUGCUAAUGUAGGACUUAACAGGGAAGCUAUGUUCGUGAUCCACUGUCGCAUAUUUUGACAUAUGAUGAAUAUUAUCCUCAUGCAAAAUCAGGAAGUUAGUUCAAUUUCAUUCUACUAAUAUACCCAUCUAGGAGCUUAUUCUAAUUUUACUGACGGAUUUUUAGUUUCUGAGAGUGUAUGAAUGAAUUUUAUAAAUGAAUUUUGAUCAGCCGACGAAUAUACAUUGUGUGGAUGAAACUUAAACGUACUGCAAAUUCUUCUUUAUGGACAUUAGUAAGUUGCUGGUUAGUUGAUGACAUUUCAAAAUUUAUUGACAAAACUAUGUAAGUCAGUAGAGUAAUAGUUAUUCUUAUACAUCACUACAACUUAAUAUUAAUCUCAACCACCGCCUUCAAAAUCUCAGACAUUUACUUGCAAUUUUCAGUCAAUCAUGAAGAACACAUAAAGAUGCAGUAUAUAAGGCAGAUGCUAUUUAAGGAGCUGCUAGUUACAGUUUUGAAUUGGAAAGAUGGUGUGUGAACUCCUAAGGGACCAAACUGCUGAGGUCGUUGGUCCAUAGACUUACACACUACUUAAACUAACUUAGGCUAAUAACAACACACACACCCAUGCCCGAGGGAGCACUCGAACCUCCAGUGGGAGGGGCUGCUUAAUCUCCGACUUGGCGCCUCUGUGUGGCAAAGAUGGUAUUAAUUUGCUUGUAGUGAUAUACACAAAUUCUGUAGAUAUAUUUUCAAUAAUUACAGAAAUAUGGAUCUGGAUCAGUAACAAAUGUUGUAGCAUCAAUACCAAUAGCUGCCAGGAUGUGGUAAAUGUAUGUGCUAAGAAGAGUUAAACUUCUAACAGAGACAGCAGCAAAACAAGAAUUUUUUUGUGAGAUGUAUCUUAGCAGAAAAAAUUCAGAUGCUCCACUGCAUGUGCUUAUGACAAAUGCAUAAAGAACAGCACAAACAAUAACAAAAAAUUGCCAAUGGACUAGCAUAAUAAUAACAGGCAUAUAAGUUAACAGAUUGGCAUAUAGAUGUGGAGUAUAGAUAAAAUCCAUAAAAAUUUAGCAGCAGUACCACCAUUAGUUUACUGGAAAUAGUAGUUGAACAAAGAAACUGCUACCAAGGCCACCAGCCGGCCGCUGUGGCUGAGUAGUUCUAGGCGCUUCAGCCUGGAACCGCGCGCCGCUACAGUCACAGAUGCGAAUCCUGCCUUGUGCAUGGAUGUGUGUGAUGUCCUUAGGUUAGUUAGGUUUAAGUAGUUCUAAGUCUAGGGGACUGAUGACCUUGCAUGUUAAGUCCCAUAGUGCUCAGAGCCAUUUGAACCAUUUGAACCAUUUUGAACCAAGGGCACCAAUUCAUGUGACUGGCUCCUUCAUGCUUAGUUCUCAAUGUAAUUAAGAAAGAUGAAUAACUCCUGAUCAAAAAGUGACGCCACUGGUGUGCAGAAACAUUUUAAAUGAAAAAAAUCAUAAGUAUACAUGAUAACUCUGUUAACAAUUUUAGUCCAAAAGCGGAUAAGACCAUUCUCCAACAAGAAAAAGAAGCGACAUAAGAAAAUCUUCUAUGUCACAUUGAUUGAAACUAAAAAGCUAUGAUUUUAUGUUCAGGUGAAUGAUAAGUAGUUACACUGUAACAGUCAUAGCUAGAGUUCGGAUUUUGCAUAUUUUGCAUAUCAUUUUUUUACUGUACCUGGUGUUGUGUCUUUACAAAUUAUGAUAUUUUGGAUGUACUGGGCUACUUUAAAUUCAAUUUUAAAAUGCAUAUAUUUACAUAUUUUGGCGUUUGAGCAUAUUAUUAUCAUAUUUAGAGGAAAUGGCCUUAAAGAUGCAUAUUUUUGACAUUUAGAAGUCAUAUUGAGAUUCAUUUAUUCCCUGAAAACCCAAGAACCUCCCAGAAUUUUAGGCCAAUAAAUUUCCAAAAUGAGAUACUACGUAAUGAGCCAUUAGAAUGAAAGCCUUUCAGGUAAACGUGGGUAGCUUAUGGAAGGACAUAGUCUUGUUUUUCCACUUACUUAGUCUCUUGGAUAAGGAUGCUAACGGCUUUUGAUGGUUCAUUGUUGCAAGAUGGAUUGUUGGAGUAGAAACAUGCUUCGGUAUUUGUUGCCCACAGUUAAUGUGUGAUCAGGUUGCUGCAGUUCGCCAACAUUGCCCUACUAGUUAUUGUUGGCAUUUCAGAAUAUGAAACAUUCUUGCAUGUGUUUCUGUGCUGUUCGCAUCAACUCUUCGCUACCAUCUUCAAAUUACUAAUACGUCCAGACCAAAAAGCAAUAAUUUUGGGAAAUGGAUUGGAAGCGAUUGUGCUUUCACAACGGACAGAAAAAUAAUAUUGUGCCAACUAUGUGAAAAAGAGGUGAGUUUAAUUUUCUAUUUCUCUUUUUCGAUAAUUUUUCCAAGAACUUAAAACAAUUAUUAAGUACAUUUGUAAACUGAUGUGCAUGUUUCCUAUGGGCGAAUGGGAAGGAAAAAGAAGAAACCCUUAGGAAUUACCUUUGGCGAUCUUGGAAAUUAAAAAAAGUGUUAAAUUUUGUGUGGGGAUCGAAGUUCCAAUUUUUAUAAACUUAUUUGUAGUCUUAAUUCACUUUUUUGAGUGAGAAUCACGCGGGUACACACUGUUCUCUUACAUUUUUGUACAGUUGUACGUACUUAUUGAUAUUCACUUCUCCGACGCUUUAGGUCCGGGUUGAGAAAAAAUUUUAACUGCAUCUGCAUUAAAAGACAUCUCAGCACCAGAACAAUUUAACCAACACAUGGUUAAAAACUUCACAGCAACCACUGAUCUCAUCAUUUCGAAUAAUGUGGAUGACAAAAAUGAGUUCAGUGAAGAUCCUUGCAAGGCUUUAAUAAAAGUAAACAUCCCCUUGAAUAAGUUGGAGAAUGAAGCAUUAAAGACCUUCUUGAAAAAAUACACAGGAAAACAUAUUCAUCAUGAGUCAACGCUCAGAAAGGACUACGUGGACCCAUUGUAUGAAAAGACAUUGGAGAAUAUUAUGACAGAAAUUAUCGAUUCUCCAGUUUGGCUGUCCGUUGGCGAAACUGGUCGGUAUAUGGUGCAUGUCAAAGUUGGAAAACUCUCUGCCGACGAGGCUGGACGAGGACAAAUCACAGUGCUGCAGAGUGCCUUCGGGUGUUUUACCCUAUUUCACCUCACGUGUCUGGCUCAUGGCAUCCAUCGAGUGGCUGAAGAGGUCAGAGCCGCAUUGCCAGAGAUUAACAGCGUUAUAUCUUCGGCAGAGAAGGUUUUCAUAAAGGCACCGAGUCGAGUGAGAGCUUUCAAGACUGCUCACCGUGACUGUCCUCUGCCACCUGAACCAGCCUUGACGGGUUGGGGAACGUGGAUUUCAGCUGCAAAUUAUCAUGCAGACAACCUCAGAAAAGUUGAAGAGGUCCUAAAGGGCUUUGAAGAUAGCAAAAACUUAGCCAUUACAAAAUCCAAGGACGCCCUGAAGAGUUCUAGCGUGUUACACAGCCUAUCUUUCAUCCCAGCGCACUUUGGUGGCCUUCCAGACCUAACUGAGAAACAUGAGACUCGUAACGUGGAAGCUAUGAAGGCAGUGGCUCUCGUCGAAGGACUCAGGACACAGAGCAAGAGUCGGCCAGGUCCGAUCAGUGAGAGACUUAGAAGAAAAUUAGAUGCAGUUCUUCAUAGAAAUCCUGGUUGUCCUACGAUUCGGAAGAUCGCUCAGUUACUGGAAGGAAAGAAACGCUCCGAGAAUUUAGAUGAUUUUACGUCGUCUGACGUCGCUGCUCUUAAAUUCUUACGUGUAGUGUCAUGUGAUGUUGAACAAUAAUUUUCAAGAUUGAAAAUGUUAUUAUCUGACCACAGAAAAAAUUUUCAUUUAGAGAAUAUGGAAAAAAUGUUGGUAGUUCAGACAAAAUCAAACUUUUGGAAUUUACCAAACUUACCUAUGUU